AUGGCCGAAGAGAAAGCCGUAAAACCGUUCAUAGUAGAGGAACUUAUCACGGAGUUCGAACAGCGCUAUGACAUAGAUGAACAAAGAGACGAAGAACUGUAUUCGCAAUAUGCAUGGGAAAAGGAUGUCGACAAGUCAUGGGAACAGUUGGUCGACAAGGAUGGCGUGUUGCAGUUUGUUCAUCAAAAGGAUGCCAAGACUGCCUUAUCUUCCUUGGAAGGGGCUGGCCUAAGAGAAAACGCCGAAGGAGGUAUACAAAAACGAGGUGUGGUAAGAAACCUUGUUAUCAUUUUCGACACAAGUGACGGCAUGAGAGAAGUGGAUUUCAAACCCGAUAGAUUACACUGUGCUGCCACAGCUGUAAAGGGGCUAAUACAGGGAGUAUUCCACCAGGGACCAAUGACUCAGUUGGCCCUUGUAGCACUGCGCGAUAAACGUUCAAUCAUGGUAUCUAAAUUUGGAACUCCACCAUCUGAACAAAUUGAACUGCUUGAUAUAACAGUCAAAGGGGGGGCAGAAGGUGUACCAUCUUUGCAAAACGGGCUUGAGAUGGCAAUUGGAAUCCUAUCAGGUAUGCCAGCAUACACAACUCGGGAAAUAAUUGUAAUAUUUGGCUCGACCAAGACAUUUGACCCAGGCAACAUACUAACGACCCUUCAAAAGCUGAAGGAUGAACAUAUCGCCGUCAAUGCCGUUUCUAUAGCGCCGGAAAUGUACAUACUUAAGCACAUAUGCGUCGAAACAGGGGGAUCGUAUGCAGUUUCUAGAGAUGCAAUUCAUAUGCAGAAGUUGAUGAACGGGCACACGAUGCCACCAAAGUGGAGGACAUGGAUGGAGCCCGUGCUGACGAAGGUCGGGUUUCCGCCUCUUGAAAAGGCAAAUACAGCGUCAUUGUGUAUUUGUCAUUCUAAAUUGACGUACAAAGCGUACGUAUGUCCGCAAUGCCACAGCAAAUCCUGUGCUAUUCCGACAAAGUGCAAGGUAAGGAAACGCAACAGCUGCGCUUUCAAACAUUUUUUAUUGCUCAUCGAAUUAAACGCACUACGUAUGGUUCUAUAA